CACCGUCCAAUCAAGCAAGUGAAUGGCUCGUGUGGGCGUGACCCCGUGCCCUCGGUGGUAAACUGGCCGAUAAUCGUUCGGCUGGGUUUGUAAAGGGAAGAGAAAUAUCUUAAAAUAAGAAAGAAAGAGAACAUGGGAGACGACCGGAGCAAAGUGGGAGGACCGGCUGUAGGCGUGGUCUCAGAGAUCCCCAACCCCAACACCCAGAAUCCGGGCUGCAAGAUCAUGACGUUCCGGCCCACCAUGGAGGAGUUCCGGGAUUUCGACAAAUACAUGGCGUACAUCGAGUCCCAGGGAGCACACCGAGCGGGGCUGGCCAAGGUAAUCCCUCCCAAGGAGUGGAGGCCACGGCAGUCGUACGAGUCGAUCGAUGAGAUGGUGAUCCCUGCGCCCAUCAUGCAGGUGGUGACGGGUCAGUCCGGGCUCUUCACACAGUACAACAUCCAGAAGAAACCUGUGACUGUGGGGGAAUACCGCAAGCUGGCGAACAGUGACAAGUAUUGCCCCCCUCGGCACCAGGACUUUGAGGAUCUGGAGAGGAAAUACUGGAAGAACCUGACCUUUGUGUCCCCCAUCUAUGGUGCCGACAUCAGCGGAUCUCUGUACGACAAAGGCAUCCGGGAGUGGAACAUCAGCAAGCUGAACACGCUGCUGGACAUGGUGGAGCAGGAGUGCGGCAUCGUGAUCGAGGGAGUCAACACCCCCUACCUGUACUUCGGAAUGUGGAAGACCACCUUCGCCUGGCACACAGAGGACAUGGAUCUCUACAGCAUCAACUACCUGCACUUCGGAGAGCCCAAGUCCUGGUAUGCAAUACCACCAGAGCAUGGGAAGAGACUGGAGCGACUGGCAAAAGGGUUUUUCCCGGGAAGCUCCCAGGGAUGUGACGCCUUCUUACGACACAAGAUGACCCUGAUCUCACCCUCCAUACUGAAGAAGUACGGGAUUCCUUUCGAUCGGAUCACACAGGAGGCUGGAGAGUUCAUGAUCACCUUUCCCUACGGGUACCACGCUGGCUUUAACCACGGCUUCAACUGCGCCGAGUCCACCAACUUUGCCACGCUGCGCUGGAUCGACUACGGCAAGAUGGCCACGCAGUGCACGUGCAGAAAGGACAUGGUGAAGAUCUCCAUGGACGUGUUUGUGAAGUGCCUGCAGCCCGAACGCUACGAGCAGUGGAAGCAGGGCAAGGACGUCACUGCCCUGGACCACCAGAAACCCACCGCCCUCAGCUGCCCUGAGCUGGAGGUCUGGAGGGAGAGGAGAGCCAAGAGGUUACGCAGGGCUAAGAGGAAGAGGAGAGAGGCUCGCAGGAAGAAGCUGGAGGAAGCCAAGCUGCUGGCAGAGGGGGGCGGGGCGACUGCAGAGGACCCUGCUGUCGAGAUGAAGACCGAGAUGAAGACCGAGAUCGAGGAACAAAAGAGCAAAGCGGCCGAGUGUGGAGAGGCACCUCUAGAGGGCGAAAAGAAGAAAAAGAAGAAAAGGAAGAAGAAGAAAAAGGAAGGGGAGGCGCAAGGAGGAGGGUUGCUGGCGGAUGUUGUCGGCCCUCCAGUAGCGGCAGGGUCUCUCAACGUGGCCUCCCCGAUCCAGACGCUGGCUCCCGAUCAAGAGGAAGACUUCAAACCCCGACCCAUCAUCCCCAUGCUGUACGUCGUUCCCCGCACUAAGAAGGUCGUCUUCGACAAGGAGCGCAUGUCCUGCCAGGAGGCCUUCGAGCAGUUUGCCAAGCGCAAGGUGCCCCGAGCCGUACCCCACCCUGAGGAGGGGGGCAUGAAGGAGGAGGAGCUCGACGAUACCGAGACACCACCCCUAGAGGACAGGGGCAUCCAGAAUAAAGUGGUUCUAGUUUUAAGCAAGCACAGAAUCAUGUCUCCACCCCCCCACUCGAAAGCGAAGACGAAGAUGGAGGUGAAGAAGAGCCGACGGCACCCGUUCAGCAAGCCCCCCAUGCGCUCUCCUAUCUCCGUCGUGAAGCAGGAGACCUCCAGCGACGAGGAAUGGUUGUCUUCGUUGGCGGGAGAGGAGGACCCGAGUGACCACGAGUCUGUGAGGACCGUGCUGUCUCACCUCUGGCAGAAUAAAUCCCACAACUUCCUGGCUGAGCGGCGGUUCAACGCGGCUGGGGCACUCAUUGAGCCUUACUGCGCCAUCUGUACUCUCUUCUACCCUUACGAACAGCCGGAGAAAGACCUGUCUCUCUCGGUGGACAGCUUGACCAUCCCAGUGUCCAAGUGCGGCACGAGGACCAAGCCGCUGAUCCCAGAAAUGUGCUUCACCUCUGGGGGUGAGAACACAGAGCCCCUGCCUUCCAGCUCCUCCAUCGGCGAGGACGGCACCAGCCUGCUCAUCUCCUGCUCCAAGUGCUGCUUGCAGGUCCAUGCCAGUUGUUAUGGAAUCCGGACUGAUCUGGUGAAAGAUGGCUGGACCUGUUCGCGCUGCACGGCCUGUGCCUGGACAGUGGAUUGCUGUUUGUGUAAUUUAAGAGGAGGUGCCCUUCAGAUGACAGUCGACAGGAGGUGGGUCCAUGUGAUCUGUGCAAUAGCAGUUCCAGAGGCCCGCUUUGUGAACGUGAUCGAGAGGAACCCAGUGGACAUCAGUGCGAUCCCAGAGCAGAGGAAGAAACUGAAAUGUGUCUACUGUCAUAAAAAGACGAAGCGUGUGACCGGUGCCUGUAUACAGUGUUCCUUCAAGCAUUGCUCCACUUCCUUCCAUGUGACCUGCGCCCAUACUGCCGGGGUCCUCAUGGAGCCAGACGAUUGGCCCUACGUGGUGUCCAUCACUUGCCACAAGCACAAGGCCACCAAUCAGAACCUGAGCCAGGCGGCGAAGCAGGUCUCGUUAGGACAGACUGUGAUCGGCAAGAACCGAAACGGCUUGUACUACAAGUGUCGUGUAAUCGGGACCGCCACACAGACCUUCUACGAGGUCAACUUUGAUGACGGCUCCUACAUCGACAACCUGUACCCUGAAAACGUCCUCAGUCGAGACUGCCUCCAGUACGGACCCCCGAGUGAGGGAGAGGUCAUUCAGAUCCAGUGGACGGACGGCAGUGUCUUCAGUGCCAGAUUCAUCACUGCCCACUUCAGCAACGUCUGUCAGGUGGAGUUUGAAGACGGAUCUCAGCUGACAGUGAAGCGCAGUGAUAUUCACACCGUCGAUGAGGAGCUGCCGAAGAAGGUUAAAUCCCGGCUGUCUCUGACGACCGGAGCCCUUCGGGAAGCUGUUUUCUCUGGGGAUGAGGUGCAGGCAGCCAAGCGGCCCCGUGUACCCAACCCCAGCCCCAGCCCCAGCCCCAGCCCUCGACCAGCAGAGGACUACACAAACUAUGUGACUUUCAUGGAGUCACUGCUUCAAGCACAAUACCAGCAGCAGCAGCAGCAGCAGCAACAACAACAACAGAAUCAACAGGGGAGCAGCCACUGCAUGUUUUAAACACCAAGGAGAAACUUGGCACACAAGCGAUUUCUCUUCUCCGCGGAAUGGAAACCGUGCAGGCCGGAGCAGCUUUUUCCAACCCAGCGCCCCGCACGGAAACUUCCGGUCCGAUCGAGAGAGACGGUGGCAUUUUUGUUUUUCCUGGACAGUCGGAAAACUAGUUUUGCAUCCUUGCACGUUGUACAGAAAUGUCAAUUUCAAGGGAGAGAGAGAGAGCGAGAGAAAGAAAGUCACAUUACCUCCGUUUCAACUAAAUGAAAGACGAGUUUGGAUGUACCGAUAGCUACAACUUGCUAUUUUAUUUUUUAUUUUUUUCAAACUCAUGAACUGUUCUCACAUACACACAGUUGUACAGCUUUAAAAUUAAUUCAAGUGCAGAUGCAGAUUGUUUUAUUGUUUAUGUAAAAUCACAAACAGUAUAAAAAAAAGAUGUAUUUAUAAAAACUAAGAUGAUACAAUACUUAGAAGAAUCACAUUUUGGUUAAAUAUCUACAUUGGUGCUCCUCAAUGAGGGAGUACAUGGUGUUUUUUUUUUUUUUUUUAAAUAUAUAUCCCCAUCCCCAGUUCAUGGUAAAGUAGUUCAUUUUUUUUUUUUUUUUUUUAUGUGCUCUUAAAUUAUUGAUUUUCUUUCUUUUUAUCCCCUUCAGUUGUUGGUAGGAAUCAUUUGAAUAUAUGAAUAUAUUUUUGGUAGAGUGUUGACCCUUUUGAAAGAGCCGUUCUCUUGUUGGCAUGGAAAUGGAUUUCGUACUGUCAUGCAAAGAUUUAAGAAGAACAAUUUUCUAUUUAUUAUUGAGCCAUUUUCACAAGAAGUGCUAAAUACCCACAGACGACAGACUACUGCUGCUGAAAAUAACCGUCAUGUCUUAUCUAAAUACAAAUACCUUUUGUGAAGUACGUUCAGGAAACAAGUGGGGGGGUUUGUUUUGGCAGUUUUAAAAACAAAAGGGUAGAGCAUUACUGUGCCUGCACAGCAGUUGGGUAGCACUGAACAAAGUCGGUUGAAACAUUGAAUAAACCAGGUGUACACCAAUCCUUUUUUUUUUUUUUUUUAAAGCAAUGAUUUCCUUUGGUUUCCCGCAGUAUCUCCUUGCUGAGCCCCCUUCAUCCGUCCCUCCGGCAGCACUCAAGGCUAUAACCAGCCUGCCCGAUCCCAGGGCUCAUUUGAAUUUAAUUGGCUCUGGGACUUUCAGGUUGCGUCCAGCAGAGACGGUGCUUGAGCCUCACUGUGACCUCCCUGCAGCAGGAGGCCUUCCGAUUUAGUAGAAUUUUGUAUUUAAUAGGCACUGCUGGGCUUGAAAGAAGAAAUAAAGGACAAUUCCUGCCUGCUGUAGCAGGAAGGUCACCAAGUAAGACCAAUGACUGGCUUUACCGAGCUAGCUGUGGGAAACAAGAAGCUUGGAUGGUGCUUUAGUAACCCCUAAAAGCCUUACAGGAAAGCCAGAACCCGAUGGCAGGGAGGAGAGGGGUCAGAUUUGUAUGCGAUGUAAUUACAGGCGUUUUGCUUUUAUAUUUAGGACUUGAUGAAACAUUUGCCAUUUAUCUGCUGGAUUUAAAAGCUACAGCUUGUCCUGGUGCACAGAGUGGUUCAGAUGUUGCUUGACUUAACCGGUUCAUUGAAUGCUGGGGG